AUGCGCAAGACUGCAGCCAAGGCGAAGCAGGUUUCCUCUGCCAGCCCAUGGUAUGGUGCCGACCGUGUGUUGUACCUUGGCCCACUCUCCGGUGAGCCCCCGAGCUACCUCACCGGUGAGUUCCCUGGCGAUUAUGGUUGGGACACUGCCGGACUUUCAGCUGACCCAGAGACCUUCUCCAAGAACCGGGAGUUGGAGGUCGUGCUCAUGGGUGCGGUCGAGGGGUACCGCGUUGCCGGGGGCCCACUUGGCGAGAUUGUUGACCUACUAUACCCAGGAGGCAGCUUUGACCCUCUCGGCCUAGCUGACGACCCCGAGGCAUUCGCCGAGCUCAAGGUGAAGGAGAUCAAGAACGGUCGCCUCGCCAUGUUCUCAAUGUUCGGCUUCUUUGUCCAAGCUAUCGUCAUGGGCAAGGGCCCACUUGAGAACCUCGCUGACCACAUCGCUGACCCAGUCAACAACAACGCAUGGGCGUUUGCCACCAACUUUGUCCCCGGCAAGUAA